GCCGCGUGUGGGGGGGUGAAGUGGCUUGGUGAGCUGGUGUGGGGGCCGUAAGGGUCGGAGAGAGGUAGGGUCAGUAGGAUUCCGAACCCGAAAGCACAGAGGGAUCCAGUGGGCGGGACCCGAGUGCUGAGGGGCGGAGUCUGAGGGCACGCGGCCGGAAGACCCGGCCCCAGUGAGAUUCUGCGGGCUUGUGAACUCUUGGUCGCGCAGCCCCUGGGCCUCCCUCAUGGCGGUCCGCGCAUCGUUCGAGAACAACUGUGAGAUUGGUUGCUUUGCCAAACUCACCAACACCUACUGCCUGGUGGCCAUUGGAGGAUCAGAGAACUUCUACAGUGUGUUCGAGGGCGAGCUCUCCGAUACCAUCCCAGUGGUGCACGCGUCCAUCGCCGGCUGCCGCAUCAUCGGACGCAUGUGUGUGGGGAACAGGCAUGGGCUCUUGGUGCCCAACAAUACCACUGACCAGGAACUGCAGCACAUUCGCAACUGCCUCCCAGACUCAGUGCAGAUUCGGCGAGUGGAGGAGCGGCUCUCAGCCCUGGGCAAUGUUACCACCUGCAAUGACUAUGUGGCCUUGGUCCACCCAGACCUGGACAGGGAGACAGAAGAAAUCCUGGCUGAUGUGCUCAAGGUGGAAGUCUUCAGACAGACAGUUGCUGAUCAGGUGCUAGUAGGAAGCUACUGUGUCUUUAGCAAUCAAGGAGGACUGGUGCACCCUAAGACUUCAAUUGAAGACCAAGAUGAACUGUCCUCUCUUCUUCAGGUCCCCCUUGUGGCGGGCACUGUGAACCGAGGGAGUGAGGUGAUUGCUGCUGGGAUGGUAGUGAAUGACUGGUGUGCCUUUUGUGGCCUGGACACAACCAGUACAGAGCUGUCAGUGGUUGAGAGUGUCUUCAAGCUGAAUGAAGCCCAGCCUAGCACCAUCGCCACCAGCAUGCGGGAUUCCCUCAUUGACAGCCUUACAUGAGUCACCUUUCUUGCUGUUGCGUGGGCUCCUGCGCCUGGACUCUGGCUUUGUCUCCGUGCCUCAGCUAGUCUGUACUGGAAGUUGGCAGGGAGGUGUUAGCAGAGAGCUCACAGGAACAGUGACUGAGGGCCCAACCAUUCUUCACCUGUGCCAUCUCUUGAAUCUGUUACUGAAAAACCUUCCGUGUCAUGCUGGCUGUGGGUUCCUGUGGCUUCUGAUGAGGGUUCUGUUGUUCUGUGCUACUCCAUUAAAGGGCAGCUGCCUCCCUCGAUUCUGAAUGUGCUGUUUGUGGACUUCUGCCUU